CGUCUCCCUCUGGCUUCGUCUUUCGAUUUUGAAGGUACGGAUAGGUUAGUAUGAAAACGUUUUCUAGAGAUUUGAUAAGUAGUUUGCCAGAUGAGCUUCUUGGCAAAAUCCUGUCUUUGGUUCCGACAAAAGAGGCUGCUUCUACAUCGAUCCUGUCCAAGAGGUGGAAGAAUCUGCUGUGUCUUGUAGACAGCCUUUGUUUUGAUGAUUCGAUGGUUAUGUAUCCCACCAAGGAAGGAGUCGCAACAUGUGGUGCAGCACAUCGCUUCUUAGAUUUCGUGGACAAGACUUUUGCUCUGUUAAACAAUUCUCCUAUCAUCAAAAAAUUAUCUCUGUCUCGCGGACAUGUAUAUGGCAGUCGCUGUCAGGCAACGUGUAAGCAUGAUCAUGUGAAACUUUGUUUGGACCGUUGCAUUUGGACUGCUAUGGAGCGGGGUUUAUUGGAACUACACUUGCACGCUGACACUUGUUGUGGUAUUCAUAUAAUGCAAGAGUUGUUUACGUGCAAGACAUUGGUUAAGCUCACACUAUCCGGUAACCAUCUUAUUCAAGUCCUUGAGCGUGUUUUUCUUCCAGCGCUCAAAUCACUUUCUAUGUUAUCAUUUCCAGCCAUUGAUCAUCCGGACUAUUGUCGGCUCAUAGAUGGCUGCCCUGUGCUAGAAGACUUGUUCAUAAGUGAUGCUGAUCCUUUGAAACCGUCAUAUUGUGGUGAGCAUGUGGAAAGCGAAACUAUCAAGCGUCUUGUGGUUUUUGUCAAUCUUCCAAAAGCUUAUCACCCCGAAGGAACUUAUUUGAGAGCACCCAAUCUUGUGCAACUGGACUAUUCUUGUUAUGUAUCCGAGAAUCAUUGGUUUGAUGAUUUGGAUUCGCUUGUCCAAGUCAGGCUGGAUCUCAGGUUAUGGGAGUCAACUUAUGAUUAUGAUUACGAUGAUGAGGAUGAUGAUGAGGCUGCUGCUGAUGAUGAUGAUGAUUCCUUUCAUGAUAAACAUAAGGUAGCUAUAAUUGGUGAUGUUUCACACCUAGUUGCGGGUAUACGCAAUAUUACAACCCUUCACUUGUCUCCUGAUUCUCUUGAGGCUUUUCAUUUCUGCUGUGAAUCCAUGCCAAUGUUCAACAACCUCCUUAAUUUAUCGAUCGAGAGUGACAAGGAAAAAGGUUGGCAAGUAAUGCCACUUCUGCUCAAUAGUUGUCCAAAUCUACACACUUUAGUCAUCAAGGGUCUUGUGCACAGAAUAACAAAUAGAUGCGGAGAUGCAUGUGCUUGCAUCCCUAAGAAGCAGAGGAAGAUUUUGGAGGAGGAGAAGACAAUAAGUUGUUUAUGGACAUGUCAAGUGAAGGUGCUAGAGAUUUCAGAGUAUGGAGGUUCUUUUGAAGAGCUGAACCAGAUGAUGCAUUUCUUAGGUAAGUUGAAAUGUCUUGAAACUGUUAAAGUUGGUGUUAACUCGGACAAAGACGACCAGAUUGAGUUCUUGCGAGCUAAUCUACUGACUCUCCCCAAAGCUUCAUCAAAGUGUAACAUCCAAUUCAGCUGAGAGCUUUUUCUUUCUAGGCUAUAUAUGCCAAUAUUUAGAUGCAACUUAAAUCGUGUAUGGGGUUAUUAUCAUUUAAAUAUCAUUGAAGUUGGUUACAAUUUGUUUCAUUUCAGAAGAUAUGUGUGUGACUUGUCCUAAUGCUAGUCACACUCUAGGAACCAUGAACAACAAUCACAUAUAAAAUGGUAAUCAUUCUUUAGAUUGGCUAACCUUGUUAAAGUAAACAAAGACUCUUUAACACUAGUUUUGGUUAAUGGUAACAGUAAAUCCAAAGCACCAAUUUUCAAUUUUCAGUAAACAUCUUUCCAGAUAGGGACAAAACCAAUAUUUGAACGUCAGCUAGUCUAAGUUUUGCUUCUUCUUUUUUUUUUAAUUCCACAAAUAUCAUAAUUUCUGCAGAGAAUCUGCAAAGCUUACCAUCUAUAGCUUCUUCCUUAUAAUAUUCUAACUUUUAGCUUGCAGUUGAGUCCGCAUUCCCUCAUACUUAUUUGCGUGUCUUUGUUCCUCUUGUGAUCUAAAUGGUGCGAAGAAUGUUCUUUCCUACUUCUCUACCCUGGAUUAAUGAAUUCUACUCGCUAUGUAGACUAGAGAUGAUUAAUCUGUUUUCAUGAUUGAAUGUUUUUCUUCAUCCAGUUUGAAUCUCUGUCUCUUUAUCCUAUAACAACAAACGAAAUGGCUAAUGCACUACGCUACAGCUACCUAAGAGGUCCAGGAGGUCGGUUGCAGCAUAAACUGCUCGGAUUUCUUGUUGAAAGGUUAUAAUGAAGAUAUUAAGUGUCAUGAAGAAGACACAACACCGAGACAAGAGGGGAUUAGCAUAUGAUGCAGAUGCAGAUGCAGCGGAGCUCUAACCUUAAAAAAUGGAAAUGGUCACGUUGCUAUCGAUGUUAACCCAAUACAUAAUUCGCAGUCAGGACAUGUUCAUUCUUCCAAGUGCAGCCAUAGCCUUAGCAGUAAGCCAAAGAGUGAUAGUGUUCCUCUGUCUCUCUUUAUGUCAGCGCUUAGGAGCUUCUCAAGCAGUGUAGGUUUCCUCGUCGUCACGGAAGAUUCUUGAGAUGAAUCUUUGUCUUGGAACUUCCAUUUUUUUUAUUGAACUUGUCUUUUCCACCAUACUUUCUCUUAUUAUCCUUGUUUUGGAACUGUCCAUUGUUGUCUCCAUUAACUUGUUCAAUGGCAUUGGACAAAUAAUGUGGAGGAACUUCUGCUACUUCAACACCUAAUUAUGUUUUAUGUAUUUUAUGACUUUAAUUAAUGAGACUGACAUUAGAAGCUGUUAUAUAAGUCCAUAAUUAAAUGAUUACCAGAGUCACAGACGAUUCACAUUAACACUUCUAUCGUAUAUAUAGGUAUCGACAAUGCGAAAGUACGUAUAACUCUUUUUUUGUUUUUUGAAACACAAGUACGUAUAAUUCUGUCAAGCAAAAUAUUCGAUCAAGGUCAAUACUACGUCGCUUUUAGCCAAAGUCAAAUAAUGACUUGGCUCUGAGCACAUCAUUCAUUGUGUUGCAUCGUAUGGGAACACUCCCUUGGGGCACCUCGUGCCGUUCACGUGCCACAUUUGCCAUGCACUUUCCAAUACAUUGGCUGCUUCUUUAACAUCAUCGGUUCUCUCCUUUCCCAUCAUCUGCGGCAUUCUCGUCGGUGCUCU